GGCUAAACGCGCAGCGCGAGUUCCUGCGCGCCACGGUGUUUGCGGCCGAGUGCGCCUUCCUGUCGCCCGGCGCGCUCCCAGCGCUCGCCACAUUCCUCUCGAUGUACCCCAAGUACACCUCGUCGGAGGAUGUGGACCGACUCAGCGCCGAUGAGCAUCCCUACCUGAACAAGAUAUGCCUAGACUACUGCGGCUUCGGGCUCUUCUCCUACCUCCAGAGCUGCAACGACCCUGACGGACGCUGCUGUGCCCGGACACCGCCUCCCUCUUGACGACCCUGACGGACGCAUCCUCGUCGGGUUUCAGGCGAGUCCCAGCUCGAUGGUGAGCCUAGUCUUCACGUCCAGCUAGCUGAGCGCCAUGCGCACGUGCGACAGGAACCGCUCGGCGAGCGGCCGGCCGAAGUCCUCGCCCACGACGACGCGGAGCACCGUCAUGUUCUCCAGGUUCGCCGGCAUCAACUGCUUCAGGAACCUAAGUGAGUUUUCACCGUGCAGGUUCUUCAUCUGGAAGGACUUGUAUGUCGAGCACUUGAGGUCAUCGGGGAUCAUGGCAGCAGAUCCAUCUAGCGUCUUCGAGGGGCAGAUCAAGUGCUUGCCAUGCCGCAAGGAUGACCGGGAUGAUCGUGCUGGUUUUGUUGUGUUCUCUCUAAGUUCCUACAGAUGUGACUCAAUCAUGACCAUUAGAAGAAAGAAAUGUUGGUGGAAAUAUGUGUAGGGCUAAUUUGGGAGGUUGACGUUGCAUCUGUUGUUUGUCAUGCACCCGGUGUGUCAUUUUAUAAGGGUUUGGAUAUCCAAGUGUGCAUCACAAAUUAUCUUCAGAAGCAUUAUUUGGCAUUAACAUGUAUUCGGCAGUCCUAAAAAGUGUGUUGUUCCUACUAUUCUGCACUGGGUAUGUUUUAUUGGCAUUAACAAGUAUUCGGUUAAUAA